AGGAUCCUGCUGACCGUGGUGGUGAUCUUCAGGAUCCUCAUUGUGGCCAUUGUAGGGGAGACGGUGUACGAUGACGAGCAAACUAUGUUUGUCUGUAAUACGCUGCAGCCAGGCUGCAAUCAGGCUUGUUACGACCAGGCUUUCCCUAUUUCUCACAUAAGGUACUGGGUGUUCCAAAUCAUCAUGGUGUGCACUCCCAGCUUGUGCUUCAUAACGUACUCUGUUCACCAGUCUGCUAAGCAGAGGGAACGGAGGUACUCCACUGUCUUCCUCACCUUGGAGAGAGACCAGGAUUCAAUGAAGCGUGAGGAUAGUAAGAAAAUCAAGAACACAAUUGUCAAUGGGGUGCUGCAGAACACUGAAAACUCCACCAAAGAGGCAGAACCAGACUGCUUAGAAGUGAAGGAGAUCCCCAAUCCUGCAAUCAGAACUACAAAAUCAAAGAUGAGGAGGCAAGAAGGCAUUUCUCGAUUUUAUAUCAUCCAAGUGGUCUUUCGAAAUGCCCUAGAGAUUGGAUUCUUAGUGGGGCAGUAUUUUCUGUAUGGAUUCAAUGUCCCUUCCAUGUAUGAAUGUGACAGAUACCCUUGCAUUAAAGAAGUAGAGUGCUAUGUCUCUAGACCCACUGAGAAGACUGUGUUCUUGGUAUUCAUGUUUGCUGUCAGUGGCAUUUGUGUGGUGCUCAAUUUGGCAGAACUGAACCACUUGGGCUGGAGAAAGAUCAAAAUGGCAGUGAGAGGAGUACAGGCAAAAAGGAAAUCCAUAUACGAAAUCAGAAAUAAGGACCUGCCAAGAAUGAGCAUGCCUAACUUUGGCAGGACUCAGUCAAGUGACUCAGCUUAUGUGUGAGGCUGUGACAGAACUGAAACUUGGUGCCAGGUGGAACAGACCCAGACACCAUUAGAGAAAGGUACAUUGCUUAGGCAAGCAUUUUAUCAAACCACCAAGAAAGCCAUUAAGGUAUUGGAUCUGCACUUACUGAACUAGCUGCAAAAAUGCAGUGCUAUGUAAAAGACUGAAAACAAAACAAAACAGCUAUAAAACCAUGCUUGAUCUAGCCUUACAGCUACUAUUAUUACUAAUUUUCUUUCUAAAAAUUGGAUGCUAUCUGUUGGUGGAGCAGCUUUUUGGUCACCUUUAGGAUGAGUUUACAGUUUGGACUGUCUGACAAAUCUUUGUAAACAUGUAGAAUGUUCAUAUUAAAAAUCUGCAAAGAUAAUCUAUAUGGGGUGGGAUGGGGUGGGGGAAACUGUUGUGAUGUAAGAUGUAAGCAUGUUUUAAAAGGAGGGUAAUUGCACUGUGACCACAACUCAGUCAGGACAUCUGCUCUCACCUAUCUCACAGAUGUCUGAUGUUAUUUUGCUUGUCUACAUCACAGAGUUUAUUCCUGGUGUGUAUUACUAGAUAUUUUCUAACAUAGUUUGUGCGUCAUUUAGUUAUGCUAAACAAUAAAUGCUGAAUAUAAUUUUGCCAUUUAUUGUUUGCCUGUCCACACACACCAGAGACCUUAAUCAUCAUAUGUUAGUUGUGAUCUACAAAAUAUAUCAGUACAUUUCAGUUCAUUUCCUGAUAUGUGCACGAAUAAGAUGGAAUUGGUUCAUGCUGGCCAAGUUACGUACUUACCUACAGUUACCUAUGGUGACACACAUACCAAAGGAACAGAGUUCAUUGCUUUUAACUGUGAUUAUAUCACCAUCUCUCUGCUCUUAUUUAUAUAAGUGCCAUACUUGAAACAUCCAACUCUGUACUUAAUCAGAAAUUUGUCUUGGAAUACCAGCUGGAAUAAAGUGAUUUUAUACUCUCCUUUGUUUAUUUUAUGCUAUUUGUUUAGUCAUUGCAAUGGUGUAAAAAGCAGCUAAAAUCUCUAUUCAUAAAUAAAGUAUUUGCCUUUUUUUUUUUGUAAGCCAGAGAGGUUUGUUCUUCUUUAUUAUUGUAUACAGUUGAAGAAAUAUACAAGGUCAAAAUAAUUGACUUACAAAUACUCCUCAGGGUUUAAAGUGUCUUGCUGAUAUUCUGAACUCUAAGUGACAAAACCUGGAAAAUCAGGACUAUUCAUUAUGUCCGUUUUCUUCCUUAAGCAAUCUUCCCCUGUCUUUAAAACCUGAUCCAAAGCCCACUGACACCAACAGCCUUGUUUCUGCUGACACAAAGGGCAACACAGUUGGCUGCCAAGGUCACUCUGGAAAUAGCAGGGUGCAUUUACCUUGAAAAUGAAACAAUUGCAGCUUUUCAUCAGGGAAUCCAAAUAGUAACCUCAGCUUUUCUGCUUUACAGCUGAUUCAAGAAAUGCACUGUUCCUGUCCCCUCAACUUACUGGUAAGCCACUGGGGCAAUCAGAAAUAAAUCUCUAUUAAUAGCAACAAUUUUAAUAUAGAGUACUAAGUUUUGCUUAUGGACCAUACUUAAUUCCCACUGAAUUUGACAGAAAAUAUCUCACUGGCAACAGUAGGACUUGGAUCAGGACUUCAAAACCAUAAAAGUUCAUUUUUAAUUAAGUGGUAUCUGCAUUUUAAAGAAAAGUGCCCAAAUGGUGCUGGAAAAUUUGGGGAUACUUUAUAACACACAAAGGAGAUGAGGGCUUGGAACUGAAAAUGGCUUUUUGAUUGUAUUUUAUUGCAAGCCUGACAAUGGAUUUUUUUGUACUUUGUCCUGGAGAUGCAUGUAAAUCUUUUCUUUUUGGAUUACAGUUAAUAAUUCAACAUUUAAUUCUUGUCACUUGCCAAUGUUGACAAAAAACAAAAACAAAAACAAAAUACCACAUAAAAAACAAACCACAGAAGUAAUUAGUUCUUAGAUAGUGUAUUCAUUAUCAUUUUUGUUUAUGAGCUUUUUUCUUCAACAGUGAAACAUAAAAAGACUUUGAAAUGUGUCAUGUUUUUAAAGAUUUUAAAAAUCUUUUUCCUUAUGUGUAAAAUGAAAAGUUUUCACAGUUUGAUUAUAGAAGAUCAUAAAAUGGAUUUGUCAAAUGAUUCUCUGCAGUAUAAAUGCUCACUGAUAUUGCUAGUUGACUGCAUGUUCACUGGAAAACUGCCUGUUAUUUUUAGAAAGGCAACAUGGAAGCUAAAUUCUCCAUCUGCAAUACAACAAGCUUCUAAAGAUUACUAUUUGACACAGAAAUCCAAGCUUGAUCUUCAUUUUGUGGAUUCAUGGUGUGUUCUGCAACGUCUCCCUUUGAAUGUAUAUUGAAGUGAAAAAUGUUUGACAGUUGUAAGGAUUGUUUUACAGUUGAAGAAAUAGGAGAUUUUGUGCAAAGGGCUUGAUCCAUCGCCAAUUAAAAUUGAAGGAAAAAAUUCAUGCUGACUUCACUGGGCUUUGGUUCAGGUUCAGCUUGAUUUCCUGUCAGGCAGAAGCCCUAAUGCAAGUUAUUUCCUGCAGAUGCAUAGGCAGUGUUCAGUCAAACUCGAGUGAAGGUGCACAUCUUGAUAGCUGUAAGGUUUUAAUGCUUAAAAUUUCUUCAUGUAUGACACAGAAAUGAUCUGUUUGUAAUAGUCAAAGCCAGUGACUCAGUUCAUUCAAUUACUUUAUGCGGUUGCACAUUUUGUACUCCAGUAAGCUGGGAUUCUUCAGAAUUUUCAUAAGAGAAAUAUAUAAGGAAAUACAGAUGUUGAUUUAUUCAAUAGAAUCUAUGAUAAAGAAGGGAAAGGCUCGUAAUUUGCUCAACAGAAAUGCAAUUCCUCUAUUUUUUUCAGUAAGUUCUAAAUCAUAUUUUAUUUCAGAAGAGAAAUGAAAUGAUGUUAGGAGAUCAAGUGUUCCAGUCUGCCUUUUCAGCUGCUGCUUUUUGUUUCUCACCUAUGACUCUUUUGUCAUGAGCAAGAGAAAUAUUGGAAACACCUUUUUCAGUCAGUGUAUCAUAUAAGAGUUGUAUGAUUAAUGUUAAUGGACUGUUUGCUCGAAAGCUGACUAUUCAUUUACAGAAUAAAUGCUUUAAAAUUAUCACAACGAUGGGAAAGUGUGUUAACUGAACAGAAAUGAAUGAGAGCCAAAGCAUAAAUUACAGCCACUUAAACUUUGCUUCCGUCUCACUGAAAUGAAUUAAUUUUUCCAGUGAUAUGUAUGGAAGAUUCAGAUAUUAAAUAUAAAAUUCAGUUCAUCUUUGUAUUUUUCAUUCUAUACCCUGUCUGGUAGUAGUGACCAACAAUGUUUCUUAUCUUAAAUGAAAACAAAUAUUAUGAUUGCUAGACUUUUAUGGAAAGCU